ACACGUGCGUUAGUCAGGCGGCUCAACUCCGCUCGCCAGUCUGAAAUCGAGCGUGGUCAUUGAUGGUUCAUAAGUGCGUCGCGUCGGAUUCUACGGCUUCGUUUUCAUGUUUUUUUCAUUCAAGGUGAUAUCACUUGUUGAGCAUUGAUCUUGUUUUUUGGUGCUGUGGUUUUGGAGCGCUGUACGUGCACUGGUAUUAGACGAGAGGUUAGGCAUAAUACAAAUUUCCAUUCGUAUUUGUUUUUGCCGUGAUACAAGAUGCUAGGAAUGUCGUGCAACAGCUUGGGAAUAGCGUUGUUCCUCCUAUCAGUGGUGCUGUGCGCGAUAAGCGAAUGCGCCAGAUAUUACAUCAAACACACAGUCUUCGUCAUCUCCAGUGCAAUUUGGGCGACAUGGCCGAUCCCAUUGAUGUUCGCUAGGAUACGAGAUUGGAAGAAUGCUCUGAUACCAGCGUUUGGAUGCCGACUGACUGCCAAACUUAUAGGUUUGAACUAUCAAUUACGUGGAAAGGAGAAUAUCGUCAAAGACGAAGGUGCUAUCGUGUUAAUCAAUCAUCAGAGUAAUCUCGACCUUUGCGUGUUGGCUGAACUUUGGCCGGUACUCGAAAGGUGCACAGUCAUCUCGAAAAAACAAGUGCUGUAUUUCGGUACGUUUGGUUUGGCAAGUUGGCUUUGGGGCACGAUUUUCAUCGAUCGCGUGAAGAAGCAAGAAGCCCAGGAGACUGUCAAUUCGACUGCUGAAAUUAUCAGAGAACGAAAGGCUAAAGUACUGAUGUAUCCAGAAGGAAAGAGACACACUGGUUCAAACCUGUUACCGUUCAAGAAAGGAGGAUUUCACGUAGCAAUUGACUCACAGACGCCUAUUCAACCUGUGGUUGUCUCGAGAUAUUACUUUAUCAAUGAUAAGCUGAAAAAGUUCGACUCGGGUACGAGUUUCAUAACAAUAUUACCAGCAAUCCCCACGAAAGGGAUGACUAAGGCCGAUUUACCAAAGUUGAUUGACCAGACGUACGAGCAAAUGAACAAAGUGUUCAAAGAGUCGACCCAGGAAGCGCUCGAGAACCACAUGCAAAGCCUCAAGUUGGAUUAAUCGGACGAAUAAAUAGCCGAAGAGGAAGUCAUUUGAAAGAGCCGAAAUGAAAUAUAGGGUUCGCGCAGGCGCGCGCCUCAAUUACUGCGACACACUCUGUUUUUAGCGCGUUGUUCUGUUCAUGUAUGAACAAUUUUUUUAAUAAACUAUUCAUUGAUAUCUACGUCGGAAAAAAAUUAUUUUAGCUAGAUUUGAAAAAUUUACACCGUUCUGCGAUUUUGUUUACGUAUCAAUGAAACAAAACCAUUUAAUUGAUUGCUUUCGGUACUUAACUAAUGUUAUUGGUUUUUAAUAUGAUUUUUAAGUUAAGAGAUGUAUAAUUUGUUUUGUGUGAUAAUAUCUAUUUUUCUGAAAAUACACGCGCAUUAGAAUGGAUAAUGUCAUCAGCAAUGUGAUAUUAGGGACACGUUAGCAUUUUAUAUGUAAACUUCAUUGUUCAUCAAAAUCAUUUGCUUUAUAUAUUGUUGAUAUAGCUUUUCAAAUAAUUCUUGUAAUAUUUAAUAAUGAAGUAAGAGACUGUUCCUAAUUUUUGUAUAAAAGUUGAUAUUGAAUAUCGAAAUUAUUUUUUGUUUUUGGAUAGUUUCACUUUUCUACUACUCGUCAUUUUGUAGAAGUAUAAUCUUUAAAAUUGUAACUUUGUAUUAUAGUACAAAGAAUUCAUCUUGUAAAUUCAUCGAAAUAGAUCCAUAGCAGAAAAUAAAAACUGAUUAUGUUAAUAACAACAACAAUUUUAUUCAAAAACUCUGUUAUUAAAUACUUUAAAUGAAUUAUAGUCAAAUAUAAUUAAUCUUCCAUUAAAUAUUAAUACUUUGUCAAACAUUGUGAAGGUUCAAGCAUUUAUCAAGGAAAUUUUUCCACAUUAUUAAUAAUUAGGUAUCUUUCAAUGAAAAAGCAUCGAAACUGUAGAUAGUUUACUGCUAUUACUCUUUUAAUGAAGCAUAAUUUUUAUAUAUAAUAAACAUUUGAACGAAAUACUUUUAUGAGGAAGAAGAAUUUUCUGCAUAAUAUUUUUUGCGUAUAAUAAAUUAUGUUACUAAUUUCGCAAUAUUUUUUCCAUUACUGACGAUUAAUACAAAUUUUUGUAUUUGUUAAUUUUCUGGAA